AUGCCAUCCGAUCGCAAUGGGGAGGCCUAUGAGACGAAGGGCCACUCCCGCAACUGGUCGCAGGCCGCAAAGGGGAGUACUGACACCACGGGUUCCUCACGGGUCAAGGAGAGGGGAACCCGGCCGCCAUCGCAAAAAGCCAUGCUUUCACGGGCCCUGCAGAAGGCGAACACUGCAGUUCAGCUAGAUAAUGCACAAAAUUUCGAAGGCGCGAGGCAUUCAUAUGCUGAAGCAUGCGAGCUGCUGCAUCAAGUGUUGGCUAGGACAUCCACCGAAGAGGACAGACGAAAGCUUGAGGCGAUCCGUCGAACAUACACUAGUCGAAUCGAAGAACUCGAUCAAAUGGUUCCCGUUCAGCAAGUCACAGAAGGCAAAGCACUUCCAGCUAGACCAGAAAGCCUGGGAUUGCGCUUGAACCCCACCUUACAGUUCAAUGACGACGACGAAGGUUUCGAAGAGACGGACGGGCUGGAGACUGCGACCUUGACUGGGAUAUUGAAGGAGGAUAAUCAACAUGCUACCAGCUACAGUGGCUCUGGUCUGACCAUUCCACGAAUGCAAGGUUUAGGGGAGCGACAAAGGAGCUCAUCUGCAAGGUUACCGGAGCAGUACCACUUGCAAUCCUCCUUCUCAAGAUCACCGCUUCGAGAGCGUGCAUCAGAUGAUCAACUCAUCUUCCAGAUUCCCACAGAUGACGCAUACAUGCCACCACCACUCUCACCGCGACGGCCCGCCUCACCCAAGCUAGACAGCCAAAACAGCCCUGAUGGACCCAUCAAGUCAGACUUCUCUCUCUCAGCAAGACGAACUAGCCAGAGUGCUCGACAUGUUAGAGACUCGAGUCGGGAGUCAAAUUCGUGGUUGGACCCAAUUGACGAGUCUGGAGGGUCUACAGCGUCCUCUAUUCAUUCCAGGUCAUCUUCCGCAGUUGAUAGGCGCAAGCACAUUCGUGCUCCGAGUGGCGCUACGGAAGCAGAGUUUGACGCAGCGUUGGACGCCGCAGUUGAAGCAGCCUAUGAUGAUGGGUAUGAGCAGACCGGAUUUUCGGACCCAGAAAUUCAUGGCUCAGAUGAUCCAAUUAUAGCGAAAGCCUUACGAAAGGUCGAGCUAGCCAAAGAACGUGUCCGCCAAACGGAGAGAGAGGCUCUCGAACAAGCCAAUAAGAGAGAGCGGCUUACGCAAAGCCAAACUGAACAGCAAUCCGAUGAAGAUGUCGUAUACGAAGACUUCUUCGACGAUGGAUCAUCAGACGAAGAGGAGCGCAUCCUUGACGAGAUAACUCGAGACUACUCGGUUAACGAUUUUGCCUUCAAUCUAGCAUCUCAUCAGACUGCAGCUAGAACUUCGGGCUCUAGUGACUUGGCCCAGUCGUCCUGGCAGACAUUCGUCACCCCAACAGAUGUCGCAGGUGGUGACGUUUCCUCCUCGCUAGCCGAUCCUACUGCAAACAACUUUCCGAGUGUAGGAGGCCCUGCAGUCCCGCCUCCGGCACAGGCUUUGCCUGAAUUGCCUAGUAAGAAGCCUUUGCCAGGUGCGAUGGCACCGCCAGCGCCUGGACAAAGUGUGCGAAGCAGGCGGAUGUCUGGACAAAAUCCUAAGCAACUAAAGAUUGAAACUGCCAAGCUUGCAAAAUAUGGGGACCCUGACAGGCGUUAUAGUGUCGCCCAAGCAUCGAGUGGAAUCCAUGGGGUAGAUUUCGACCACACUGACCUCGACGGACCUCCUGAUGCUGACGCGGAUGGCCCAAUGGCCCGGCCAUAUUCACCGCCUGAAGGCAUCAGUCCAACCCAACCAGUGCCUCCUACGCCUCCGCUCGGUCACUCAAGAAGCCGGGACAGUGAAGAUUUUACGGGCAGCCACUCUGGCUCCCCUUCUUUUCAACCUACACUGAGGAAGAACUUUUCAUCUUCAAGUUUAAGAAGCAUUAAAAACCGGAACAUGUCUCUAUCGAACUUGGACGAUGCUUCUGACAUGUCUCCCAGUACCCCAUUGAGUAACGCUUUUGGCAUCAAUGGCCGGCAUCCGGCAAUGCCCACAUUGCCGACACCCUUGGCAGCUGCAUUCAAAGAAAAGUUCACACCAAGCUCUGCUGGGGGUCUUUAUCUGUUUGAUGAUAGCCUUCAUUCACCGCAGAGCCCGGGGUCGCCAAAUGCACUUGAGCCAGAUGCUCCAAUUUCCCUAGAACCGUGCCCAACAGACUACAUGCUUAGGCCGUUUUGGUUAAUGCGAUGUCUAUAUCAGACUCUUGCUCACCCCCGGGGAGGAUACCUAAGCAAUAAGCUAUUUGUUCCACGCGACGUCUGGAAGGUGAAGGGAGUCAAAAUUCGGAACGUGGAGGAUAAGGUAGCAACAUGUGACUACCUAACAGCUGCACUCCUGAAGCUAGCGCGAGUCGACACAUGCGAUGCGGAUGCCGUUCUCGAAGAAAUGCAGGCCCUGGAAGGUAUUCUUGAACAGGUCCAAGUCGGGCUGACGCGAAAGUUGGGCACGGACGUGGGUGUUCAGAACUCCAGCAUGCUAUUUCGAGAUGCGUCGAAUUCGGCAGAGCUUGAAGCAGCAAUCAGCGUGCCGCGUUCAGCCAGUGUCUCGGGAAAAUCCUCAUCUUUCUCGUGGCGGAGGCUGAGGUCCAAGAACUCGGCAGCGGGCUUGAACAACUCUUUCAAUGCCAAAGGCAAUGGGGUAGAGAGCGGCAAGGAAUCUCCGGGCUUAGAAACCUUGCCCAUGACGGAACACCCAACAAGUCGCCCCUCAAGGAGGGAUCCGAGCAAUGCGCAAUUCACGGGGCCGAAUGCGAAUUAUAUGGGAUCACUGGCUCGACUGUUCGACGCCGCUCAGACGAUUGACCAAAUUGCACGCCAAGUUGAAGAUCCAGGACUGAGGCACGCCGACAAGACACAGGUUGGCCUCGAGCUUUGCACGCGACAUGCGGCCGAGUUUUUUGGCUUCUUCAUCUGCCGAUUUGUGCUAUCUGAUUUGAGUCUGUUGUUGGACAAAUUCAUCAAGAGGGGAAGCGAGUGGGUUCUCGCCUAA